GGUACCGGGGCGCGCCACCAGUCAGCUUUGCACGCUAAACAACGAUCAUUGUCACCGGUACCGAUUGUUACAAGUUGUGUGCAGUGUCGUGCUAUUUUUGUGAACAUUCCUUCUAAGAUGACGUCAACAAAGUGGUUAGUAUGUGCGCUAGUGGUGGUGUGCGUGAGCGUAAGGCAAGCGGCAGGAGCGCCUGCGCCGCAGGAACAGGAAUACCCACCCAUGCCAUACGAGUACAAAUACGACGUGGAAGACCAAGAGAAAACUCUCUACUUCGGAGCUAACGAAGCAGGAGAUGCCCAAGGCAAGGUCAUCGGAGGAUACCGCGUCCUUCUCCCCGACGGUCGUCUCAUGACUGUCGAGUACAGCGUGGAAGGAGAAAGCGGAUUUGUUCCCAAAAUCACCUUUGAAGACAAUGCUAACCCGUUCGGCAAAGGAAAGUAGACCAUACAAUGAUCCGCACAAGACUGGUUUCGCGACGAAUAGUGCAAAUACUAACGCUUCGACUUCUGAAUUCUAUACAAUUGUAAAUUUUGUAGAUUUGUGAUUAAAUUACCCCCUUUUCAGUCUAAGGUCAAAUUACAUUAGAUGUAUGUAGAUUCUUUUUGCGAAUAAACAUGAUAGAAUUCAGCAUUCGGACAACAGAAGAAAGUUACUUCGGUUUUCAUUAGACAUAAUUGUGUAUAUUUAACAACAUCAGGGAUCUUUUAUAGGUAAAAAAUAAGCUUAAAUUAAUCAUUUAUGGAAGAGAAUUUAUUGAUACAUCUUGAGAGAAUUGUUACUCGCUGAAAACGUUAGUAACUUUUUUCAACGAUAUAACUCUUCAUAUAAAUUGAUUGUAUCUUUUUUAUAGUAAGUGUAUUCUAGAAUUAAUCUAGAUAUAGUCAAAACUCAUUCGCCAAUAAGGUAAUGUACAGUCAGCGAUCUCUGCGAUAAUUGGUGUACCGCAAAUAUCGAGUUACCGAUACUGUGAUCAAUUAGAACGAUUAUAAUAUAGGCCAUGUUCGACAUAUUACGUAAUAAAUUUGUAACUUAGAUUAUAAUUUGUAUGUGUAUCGAUUAGUCUUAAUUCCAUGUAGAUUUUGAUAAAUAUUUUUGUAUUGAAAUAA